AUGUAUCAAGGUCACACCAGAGAGGCCACCAUCAUACUAAAAGCGGUGGCAUCACAUGACUUAUGGAUUUGGCAUGCUUUCUUUGGAACGUCGGGUUCUCACAACGACAUCAACGUGCUUCAACGAUCUUCGAUGUUCAGGAGGCUUUGCAAUGGUGAAUCACCGCCGUGCAACUACACCGUCAACGGUCGAGACUACAACAUGGGAUAUUAUCUUGCCGAUGGUAACUAUCCUCAGUGGGCGGUGUUUGUCAAGACCAUAUCCGAGCCGCGUGGAAAGAAACAGAGCCACUUUGCAAUAAUGCAGGAAGCGGCUAGGAAGGAUGUGGAGAGGACAUUUGAUGUGCUUCAAGCUCGUUGGGAAAUUGUGCAGGGCACUGCAAUGAUGUGGGAAUCAGAAACUUUGUGGCAGCUGCUGACAUGUUGUGUUAUUUUGUACAAUAUAAUUGUCGAGGAUGAGGGUGAUGUUGUAGCCCAAACCUAUGAUUUCGAAGCACAUGAAGAACAAGUUGAAAUCCCGAAAGAUCAAGAUGCGGCUCAGCUGAUGAACUUUCUGCAGAUGCAUCAGAAUCUUCGAGAUCAGCAGGUGCACGCACAACUACUCAAUAAUCUUGUGAAGCACAUGUGGACCCACAAUGGUAACCAAGAAGCCAAUGCUUGA